UACAGACUUGGCAUUCAUAUCCCUCCGUUUCUCCUGUUCGAAUCGAUACCCUCCAAUGCUUUUCUAUUCGUUGGAAACUUCAAAACCCCAAAACAACGUAUUUUCAGGUGUCUUCUGAAGUUUCUACCAUAAAAUGCAAGACACAAAGGAUAGCAGCCCGCAUACCGUUUAUUCUCUGAUCCUUGUUAUCUAAAGAAUUCCCUCUCGGUAUCUCUCUCUCUCUCUCUCUCUCUCUCUCUCUCUGGACCUUUUGGGUACCUAGAGAUUUAAUUGGAGUUGUUCAGCCGGUUUCUUGCCCACCUCGAGGUUGAGAGCCAAAGCUGGGCAAUCUCUCUGAUCCCAACUCUCCGUCCCUUUAGAUAAUUCUUCUUUUGGUGUAAAAAAAGAUGGCUCAAGACUCGGCAAGUAAUGGAAACCAUGCUGUGGAUGUUUUGAAUGUCCAAGAAGGUGCUGAUAAUCACAGCUCCUCUGCCUCCAAAAGCAACAAUGAAGUAUGCUUUUGCAUACCUUUCCUGCAGAAGUUGAUUGCCGAGGUGAUGGGUACGUACUUCUUGAUAUUUGCGGGUUGUGCAGCGGUGGUGGUGAAUUUGAAUUAUGAAAAGGUGGUGACUUUGCCCGGAAUUUCAAUUGUGUGGGGACUGGCUGUGAUGGUUUUGGUUUACUCCGUCGGCCACAUCUCCGGUGCCCACUUUAAUCCUGCGGUCACCAUUGCUUUUGCCACCUGCAAGAGAUUUCCAUGGAAACAGGUGCCACUUUAUGUAAUAGCGCAAGUGCUGGGAUCAACACUGGCAAUCGGAAGCCUUAGGCUAAUAUUCAGUGGGGAAGAGAACCGGUUUCCAGGAACAAUACCGGCCGGGUCGAACAUGCAAUCUCUUGUGCUUGAGUUCAUAAUCACAUUCUACCUCAUGUUCAUCAUAUCCGGUGUAGCCACCGACAACAGAGCUAUCGGAGAGCUUGCUGGCCUUGCUGUUGGCUCUACCGUCCUACUCAACGUGUUGUUUGCAGGGCCGAUUUCGGGAGCAUCGAUGAACCCAGCAAGAAGCUUGGGGCCUGCAAUAGUGCAUAGGCAAUUCAAGGGGAUAUGGGUAUAUGUGGUGGGACCGAUUCUUGGGGCCAUAUCGGGUGCAUGGGUCUACAAUUUAAUCCGGUUCACCGAUAAGCCGCCACGUGAGAUCACCAAGAGUGGCUCUUUCCUUCGAGGGUCAAGACUUAACAGCUGAUCUAUCUGAUUAUCUUUAAGAAUGGGAGAAAAAAUAAAGAGAUAUGUGUGUGUGCGCAUGGAGAGAGAGAGAGAGAGAGAGAACAAGUUCUGAUCACAAAGGAACCCAUGUGCUUUUUGUAUGUUAGCAAAAUAUACUAAAUAUGAGAAAUGAAGCUUGUUUCCUUUGUUAGUCUAUUUCAAA